CCACGAACGACAGCUCCGCACGCAUCUCCUCGCUAUUUCUCAUUCCUCACAUCCAUUCAUCUAUUUGUCCCCAUAAAGCAAGCAAUCCAUUGCUCUUCCUCUUGCUCCUGCCUGCCUGCGUGCGUGCCGCAUCAUCCCUUCUUGUUUGCGCGUGUGACAUCAACAACGCGGGCAUGCCGCCUUCACUCGCCCUCGACCACCUCCUGUGCUCAACUGACCAUGCCGAUUUCUCGGCGCGACGCCAGCUUUCCGACGUAUCUAUCGCCGUCGCCAAAGCUAGGAGGAUUGUAACUGUCAGCGGGGCGGGGAUCAGCUGUUCAAGUGGGAUUCCGGAUUUCCGUUCUGAAGGCGGACUGUACUCGCUCGUGAAAGAAAAGUACCCCGAUGCGUUUUUCACUGGCAAAGACCUCUUUUCAGCGGGGACAUUUGCCAAUCCUCAGUCGACUUCUAUAUUCUAUACGUUUAUCGCCGAACUAUUUCAUUGCUGCGCCUCUGCGCAGCCGACGAGAACACAUCAUUUCAUCCGUAAAUUAGAGCAGAAGGGGAAGCUGCUGCGUAGCUACACCCAAAAUAUCGACGGGUUUGAACGUCGAAUGGGAUUGGAAAGCGGGGGCAGGGGAAAAGGAUUGAAGAAGAAGGAGACGAGGAACGUAGAGCUGCAUGGCGAUCUGGGAAGAGUCAGAUGCGUGUUGUGUUUUAGCGACUUUGAAGCGUGCGAUGAGUGGGUCGAGAUGUUUAGGGAAGGCGAGGCACCAGAUUGUCCUGCCUGUUGGAAACGAUGCGAGUCUCGAAUCAACAGAUCAGCAAGAGCGACAUCCGUCGGCAGGCUUCGACCGUCGAUUGUGCUAUACGACGAACCACAUCCACUUGGUGAUGAUAUCGGCCAGUUAACGGCAUACGACGUUUCGCGCCGGCCGGAUUUGCUCCUGAUCAUGGGCACUUCCCUCAAAGUGCACGGGCUGAAGCGACUGGUCAAGGAUUUCGCGAAAGCCGUACAUGGAGGUAAAAAGCGCGGACUGGUUGUAUUUGUCAAUGCUACACCGCCGAGUAAAGAGUGGGAGGGUAUUAUUGACGUGCAUAUCGAGGGCGAGACGGAUAAGUGGGUAGAAAAAGUCGAAGAAGAAUGGAGGAGGGUGAAGCCAGGGGACUGGGAGGUACAAACUACGCUGGACAGCGAAGUUGUCUCUGUUGUCAAGACUGGCAAACCCAAAGGCAAAACGAAAGCCGCCACGCCAAAGGGCAAAGCAUUGGCCAAGAGAGAUACAAACAGGCUGUCGCCCCCGCCACGGCUGAAAGCAUCACUGCGUUCACAAGCAAUAGCGGCAUCUUCUGAAACGUCGUGAACAACGCGCAGAUAUAGUUGUCGGACACCCUGUCCGCCGCGUACUGAUUCGGCCGCAGCAUCGCUGCAGGCCAGGAUAACGAGACACGUAUAAUCGCACUGUUAGAUAUAUGCAUUUUGUAUU